AUGGUUGACGCAAAUCCACUACCAGUACGUGAGAUCUACAGAGGUAAUACCUGGUGCUCCGACUUGACCGUUGCACCUACCGCGGUAUUGCAGAUCAUCUUCUAUGAGGAUCGGAACUUCCAGGGCCGCUCCUACGAAUGCGACACAGACUGCCCUGACAUGCAGCCCCACUUUAGCCGCUGCAACUCUAUCCGAGUGGAGAGCGGCUGCUGGGUUCUGUAUGAGCGCCCCAACUACACGGGCUACCAGUACGUGCUGACCCGAGGGGAGUACCCCGAUUACCAGCGCUGGAUGGGCUACAAUGACAGCAUCAGGUCCUGCCGCACCUUUUCUUAUACCAGCGGUGGGCCGUACCGCAUACGUAUCUACGAGCGGCCUGACUUUCAGGGCCAGAUGAAGGAGUUCAAUGAAGACUGCGAGUCGGUCCAGGAUCACUUCUGUAGCCGCGACAUCUACUCCUGCAAUGUGAUGGAUGGGUACUGGACCCUGUAUGAACACCCCAAAUACCGGGGGCGUCAGUACUUCAUGCGUCCUGGCGAGUACAGGAAGUUCUCUGACUGGGGUGCCACCUGCGCUGCCACCGGGUCCUUCCGCAGGAUCACAGACUUUUAA